CGACACGGCAACGAGCUGCCAACCAUAGCGACCUUUCUGCUAGCUGUUGCUGCGCUGCGGAAGCCUGGGCAUCGCAUGUGCCGCCUGGGCGGCCGCAUGGCUGCCAGUGGCGCCGCGGUGGCCUCCGGCACGCUGCCUGAUAUGCUGAGGCGCAUGGACUCCAGUGCCAAGCGCGAGCUGAUGGCGGACCCGCAGAAUGAGGCGCUGUACCCGAACCAGGAGUCGCGCGAGAGCUUCGGCCAUUAUGUCGAGUGCCAGCCCGACCCGCUUCCGCAGCCGUACCUCGUCGCAGCGAGCGCCAGCAUGUGCGGUGAGCUCGGGCUGAGUGCCGAGGAGGCCAAGGAGGAUGGGUUCGUGCGGCUCUUCUCCGGUGACCUACGCGACGCGACCCUCCGUGCGAUCGCCACCCCCUACGCCGUCUCCGUCUUCGGCAGCCCGAUCUGGGCGCCCGACCCGUUUGGGCGCGGCAACGGGUACGGCGACGGCCGCGCGGUGUCGCUGGGCGAGGUCGAGUGCGGCGGCGGGUCGCGGUGGGAGCUGCAGCUCAAGGGUGCAGGCACGACCCCCUUCUCGCGCGGCGGCGACGGUCGCGCCGUGCUUCGCUCGAGCGUGCGCGAGUACCUCGUCUCCGAGGCGAUGCACCACCUCGGCAUCCCGACGACGCGCGCCCUCUCGCUGGUCGCCUCGUCGACGCAGCGUGUGCGCAGGAUGUGGUACAAGGAGGGCGACCGCGGCGGCAGGGACCACCCGCCCGACACGCUGGUCACCGAGCGCUGCGCGAUCACCUGCCGCGCCGCCCCCUCCUUCCUUCGCGUGGGCCACCUCGAGCUCCACUCCCGCCGCGCCUCCCGCCCCGCCGACCGGGACGGAGAGCACGACCCCGAGCCGACGGCGGCGGAGGCGCGCCGCAUGCUGCUGCAGCUCUUCGACGCCGCCGUGCGGAGGGAGUUUGCGGCCGAGGUGGACGGCG